AUGCCCGUCUGGCUUCCCGAAAAGGGAAAGCAGCCUUCAACAUCUCCCAGACAGCUGGCGAUGUGGUAUGGCAUUCUUUCGUUACCGUGCUUCUUCACUUUCUCCCACCCCUCUCCGUCUCUCCAUCGGGAUUCGACGGACGCAAGCGGCAUGGGCGGCCGCGGAAACAAUUGGUUUGCUCGUUUGCUUGGUGAUUAUGUUCUCCAACGGGCAGGACGCGGAGGGAUGGGACAAGAAGCGAUGCAUCACUAA